UCAAUAAGUGGGUAUAUACACACAUCUAUAUACAUAUAUGUAUAUAUAUAUAUAUAUAAAUUAAUCGAAGUUUUAUCAUUAAAUAAUGAAUUAAUCACGAACAUUAAUUUAUUCAGUAUUUUAUUUCAAAUAAUUCAUAAUACACACAGUAUACAAAGUAAACAUUUUGUUAUUAUAAAAUAAUAUGCAUUAUAAAAUAAUAUAUAUAUAGAUAUUUCGCAAAUAAAUUAAUAACGGCACAAAUAUGAGUUGUCAGAAGGGAAAUGCAAAUCGAUCUAGGCCUCAAAAAUACAAAAAUCAAACUGCCUUCAAGAAUGAUUUACAUGAUACUUCUCAUAAAACAAAGUUUAUUAAUAAUAUCGAGGUAACCAAUGUGUGUGAAAGAUGUAAAAAAAUAAUCGAGUGGAAGAUCAAAUACAAGAAAUAUAAACCUCUUAAAGCACCAGCUAAAUGCACUAAGUGCGAACAGAAAACUGUAAAGCAUGCUUAUCACAUCAUGUGCCUGUCUUGUGCAAAAAAUCAUCAAGUUUGUCCUAAAUGUGGUGAAAAGCGUGAAAUAAUUGAGGGUAAACCGAGUAGAGAAGAAAGUAUUAAAUUAGAUGCAGAAUUACAGACAUUGUUAAAAAAGUUACCAGAAAGGAAACGUAGAACAUUUAUAAGAUAUAUGAAUCGUAACACAAAAAAAUCUAAUCCUGAAAGUAAUAGUGAUGAGAAAGGAGACUUGGAAGAAAGUGAUGCUGACGAAGAGAACGAAAAGAGACCUGGACCAGUUUAUAAAUUACCUCCAUUAGUUGGAUAUGUUGGACAUGAUCCAUCUAAACAUAGGGGUCCAGCAUAUAGUAUACGGUUUCGUGUAGGAUUAAGUGACAAAACCGUUGGUCCUGGUCCACGCUAUAACAUCAAUAAAUUAACAAAAUUUGGAUUAGAUAAAUCACCAGCAUACACGAUAGCUAUUAAAUAUCCUGAUACAAUUUUGAGUUUAGGACCAGGACCUGGUGCAUAUGCGCCUGAACAAUGUCUCCCAAUGAAUCAUAGUCGUAGAGCUCCUGCAUAUACCAUAAAAUCAAAAGGUCAACCCUUACAAAUUAUUGAAGGGCCUGGGCCAAAUGCUUACACAAUACCAACAUGUAUAGGCCCUAAAAUACCAGAUAUGAGAACACAAGCUGCUUAUACCAUUGGUGCCUAUUAUGAACCACCAUUAGAGUCUUUAGGUCCGGGUCCAGCAGCUUACGCGGAUCUUAAUCAAAAUGUUAUAAAGAAACGCAAUCCAGCAUAUAGUCUUAAAUGGCGUCAUGAUCUUUCUGAAGGAUAUAUUAGUCCUGGUCCGCGUUAUAAUCCUACGUAUAAUAUUGGAAGACGUGCCCCAAAAUACUCCUUUGGCGUUAGACAUAGUAUAUGUGCAGGAAAUCCCAUUACGAGUUUAGAUGAAGAUUGAUUAGAAAAAUAUGGAUGUGUUUCAUUAUCAAGCUUCUGUAAAAAUUGUAUAAUAACUUUAUAUAUUCCAAUAUCUUAUUUAAUAAAUGUGGUCUUCAA